AAAUUCUGAACUUUGUGAUCGCAGCUCCAUCUAUUGUUCAUUGGAAAAUAAUUAUUGAAAACAUUGAAUUUGUUUUCUUUUUUUUAAUUAUUUUGUUUACAUGUUGUUUUCCGUGAUUUACUGAUUGUGUUGACAAUUCUUGACUUUCGUUGAUGUGAUCAUGUCUUUACUUGCCAAGCUGAUCCCUAGAGCUUUUGUUAGUCCAUUAAAUUGUUUCGUUUCUCCUCUUGUUAAUCAAUUGCCCUCAUUUUCAUUAACAUCUUUAAUUAGUCGGUCGUCAAUAAGAGGAAUCACCAUCGACGAAUGUCGCGAAAAAUAUGGAGAUCUAUGGACACGGUGGGAGAAUAAGAGAUAUUUCUUGCACUGUUUGAAGCGAACCCAUGAAAGAGGACCGAUUAAACCGAGAAAACGAGUUCAUCCUCUGGCCUGCCAUCCACAAUUACGUGGAAUUGUGGUCAGAACGUUGGUUAAAAAACCGAAGAAACCAAAUUCGGCCAAUCGAAAAUGUGUCCUAGUCAAAUUAUCCACUGGAGUGGAAAAAAUUGUUUAUGUUCCCGGUGUUGGUCACAAUUUACAAGAACACAGUGUUGUCUUAGUCCGUUUCGGUAAAACGAAAGACGUUCCUGGAUUAAGAUUAAAAGUAAUCAGAGGAGUUUAUGAUUGCGCUCCAAUAGUCAGACAAUCACAGCGACCUGGUUAAUGUAAUCUAAAUGACGAUGUAAACAAAAGAAACAAUUAACAAAUGGUGAACAUAAUUUAGAAAAAAAAUAAAUGAAAAUAUUGAAAUAGAA